GGCAAAACGAGUUUGGAAUAUGGUGAGGAAUGAUAGCACUCCUGAUAGGAAGAAAUAUUUAGGUAUACUUUUGACUUAUGAAAGAAAAAUAAAUCCUCAGACUCAAGAAGAAUAUGAUUUUCAUACCGACGAAUAUGUCAACUGCCUUAAAAAAGCAUAUAACGAAAAUAUUGCUCAAAAAUAUAUUAAAGAAUAUCUAACCGAACGGGCUACAAGGUACAAGGAAUAUAUAUAUUAUUCUCCUAGUGAUUGGGCAGAAAUGAAGAAAUACCAGUUAUAUAAUCGCCUAAAUACUGUAGCAUAUAUAGUUGCUUUUAUAGUAUUACAUCAGCAAGGCUAUAGAAUCGUUACAUAUGGUGAUUGGUCUUAUAUGUUAAAGUGGCUAUCGAAUCCUGAAUAUUACCGUAUUAAUGAAUAUUAUAACAAUGGCAAUGUAAACUUUGUUAAAAGUUCAGAAUAUGCGCAUUAUAGAUGUAAAAUAACAGGCAAACCAUAUCCAUGUGAUUCGCUAGAAAUUGACUAUUUUAAAUCUGAAUAUGGUUUUACUAUUGAGGGAAAGUUUAACAUUAUAGAUUUCUCAGAUUCAAAUACACAGGUCGAACAGAUGUCAUUGUCGCAAAAUUUGCCUGGAAUUUUUCUGGCAAAUUGAGAAUUAUCCCGGUAAAUUGAGGUAAAUUGUGUUACAAUUUUGGGAUAAUGGAGAACUUACAAUUUGGCAAAUUUUGUCAAAAUGGCGGAAUUCCUACAGAAUUCCUAAUUCAAAUGUUGAGAAAUUUUUCAGAAAUUUUAGGCAAAUUUUUAGUAAUGUUAUGCAA